ACGUUAGCAGGCGAUCGCAUCUCCAAGCACUCCAUCAAUCGUCCCCGUGACCAGAUUUUCAGUCACCGAUAAUCUGGCCAACACAUAUCCAUCUAGCAACAUUUCGAUCUACCUGCGGCGAUAUCUAUCGAUCGAUCCUGGAGAGUCCAGCGCUCUAGUGGAUGAAUGGCGGUGGAGCAAAACCCUUGGCAUCGCGCUCAUAAUGCUUGGGGGACAAAUUAGGUCUGGCGGUGGUUUUAGGUCUUCGGCGAGAGAGAUCGAUUCCAGUGCUUGGCGCCGGGGCAAUAAUGAUCAAGCUUUUCAGCGUCAAGCAGAAGCAAAAGGAAGCUGCCGAUGGCGCCAAUGGCAAACCCAGCGCCGGCAAGAAGCAAACGCCCGGAGAGUUGCGCGUCCAAAAGGAUAUCAGUGAGCUCAACUUGGCGAAAUCUACGUCCAUCAGAUUCCCCAACGGGAAGGAUGAUCUCCUCAACUUCGAGAUAACCAUCGGACCGGACGAAGGCUACUACCACGGAGGUUUGUUUGUUUUCACGUUCCAGGUCUCGGGAAUCUAUCCUCACGAAGCUCCCAAAGUAAAAUGCAAGACCAAAAUCUAUCACCCCAACAUCGACCUCGAAGGAAAUGUUUGUCUCAACAUUCUCCGAGAGGACUGGAAGCCAGUCUUGAGCGUAAACUCGAUCAUCUACGGCCUGCAGUACCUCUUCUUGGAUCCAAACCCGGAAGAUCCUUUGAAUCAGGAAGCCGCUGAGGUGCUUAGAACAAACCCCAAACAGUUUGAAACUAAUGUGAGGAGAUCGAUGCAAGGCGGAUUCGUCGGUGGCCACCAGUUUCACAGAUGCGUAUGAUCUCGGUUUCUCGGUCGACUUCUCGAUCGUUCUUGCUCGCUCGCUCGCUCGCUCGCUUAGGAAGGGAAAAACAAGGAUUUGUUUGGUACAAAUGGCUGCGAUAUACAGGGAUAUUUCCCAGUUAGUAUCUAUUAAAUUUUGACAUAAAGCAUUGUUCAAUGUACAAAAUUUGUUAAAUGGUU